AAGUUGAUUUGUCGUUUGCUUUCAUACGAAUUCGAAGAACGUAAUCGAGAGGGUAUUUAUGUCGGAAGAAACGACGGAAGUUUAAUUUAUGCUACGACAGAGAAACGGGGGAAAUUAAGAGCUAACAGCUAGAAGAAAAGCAAACAAAUAGCUAAUUUACAUAAAAGUGCGAGUGUUAUGUCGACUUGUAUUCAAGAAUUCAAUUAAAUCGGAAAGUAUUUUAUAAUUGUGUAAAGUGAGCGAAGAAAAUGUGAUUAAAAUAGUAGACGCGACUUCAACGAAUUUAAGCAAAGUAACAUAACAUGUAAAUGCGGAUUAAAAGGAACGAACAAGUGCCUUUUACACAACAACUACCAACACCAAACCGACUGCUACUAACCAACAACCACGCAUUUGUGAAAAAAAUGUUUUUAACAAAUAAAUAGAAAACAGAAUUCAAUAAAGUGUUCGAGCGACCGCACGGUGAACUCAUUUUACGUUUUUAACCAGCAAUAACGCUCCUGUUGCAUUACAUAAAUCUAUACAUAUUUGUGCGUGUGCAAAGCGAACUACAACAAAUAUUUAAAAAAACGAAAGAAAACAUUACCAAUCAGUAAGCCAACUUAUUAACCAGGAAUUUCGGCCACGAAAAAUGCAGGAAUGUGUAGUUGAAGAGAGGGAAAAUAAUACAGAGAAAAAACAUACUGUCUAGAAUAAGAAAAAAAAAAAAAAACAAAGUAAUUAAACAAAGUGCAUAUACAUAUAAAUAAAAGAACAACUAAAACAAAUUGUGCGGUCUUUAAGUAUUUCAAGAAACGAUUAAAAAAAAUUAAUUUAGACGAAACAAUAUUAAGUGAAAAUACAACGUUGAGAAAACAGGGAAUCAAAAGAUCAGCAAGUGUUUCGCGAUUUGAAUUACCACCCGCCUCCUAUAACUAUUGCCCGUAUACAUAUGUACAUAUAAUACAAGUGAAUGCCCACGAGUUUUCAUAAAGUUUUUUUUCGAAAACGAACUUAACUCGAAAGAUAGAUAAUAAAAUAUUUUUUUAAUAUUCGCCCAAAGUGCGCUUGCUUCACAUUAUCUAAUAAGCCAGCAGAGACAAAAGCAAUAACAAACACAGCUGAAUUUUUACAGCAAAACAAUAAUAAUAACAACAACGAACAAAAAAUUUGUUUAAAAUAAUACGAAAAGCAACAACACCACCAAGCUAAUCAGCAGCAGCAGAUAAGUAAAGCAUAGCAAAGCGAAAAAGCAACACAAGACUCACUAUAAAUUUACGUAUGUCAAAGAGAGUUGAAGAGACGUGAGUGAAGACAACAACUUGGCAAACAACAAAUCUACAAACACACCCGUGUGUUUCAAGUGUAAUUUUGUGAUUCACUUCGCUGUCGCUAGCACUGCCGCUGUUUGCGUUGCAGCAGCAAUACAAUAAUAAUAAAAAACACACUCAAAGUAGUGCGAAUAGUCAAGCGAGUGUCGCGUAGCGCUGAGUGCGAACGUGAUAGCAAGAGCGUGAGUCAUAAAAGUGAAAUGAAAAUGCGGGUAAAGAGAGAAUCACCGCUGCUCGUGCUGAGAUUUAGGACAAUCAACAGCAGAAAUGAUUGUAAACGAUCCACAGUUUGCGAUACACACGGCACAGCUUCGGCACCAGAGGCAAUGCCAUCAGAAGACUGCAACGAGGAUUGGUCGUCAACGGCGCCACAAACAGGCAAUCGUUCACCGCUAAUGAGAAGUUGCUCUACACCAGCUGUUUAUGAUAUCGAAACCCAUCCCGCGUCACCAGUUUUCCCCCAUUUACUUUUGGGCAACGGCAAAGAUGCCAGCGAUCCGAGUAGUGUGGGCGCCAAUUGUGUUUUGAAUGUUACCUGCCAAGCACCCAGCUCAGGACCUACGCCGGGACUUAAGUAUAAACAGAUACCUGCCAGUGAUACACCACAUCAAAAUAUAAAACAAUAUUUUCAAGAAGCCUACGAUUUUAUUGAGGAUGCACGCAAAACCGGCUCCCGUGUACUGUUGCACUGUCAUGCGGGCAUUUCGCGCAGCGCUACCAUCGCCAUCGCUUACGUUAUGCGUUACAAAUCGCUUUCGCUCUUCGAGGCUUACAAGUUGGUUAAAGUGGCGCGACCCAUAAUUUCACCCAAUCUCAACUUCAUGGGCCAACUGCUAGAGCUCGAACAGAAUUUACGUAUGAGUGGCGUUUUGAAACCCGUCUCACCAUCCGCCACCGCGCCCACUACCCCAACAUCUAGUCAAGUCGAAUUUACCAAUAACGCAGUGCUGAAACCCGCCUCGGCUGAGGAUGAAGACGAAACCGAUGCGUCGUUAUUACGCAAGCGACCUGGUGAAGCCAAGCGUAAGAUGAGCGCCGACGAUGAUGAUGAUGCCGGAGAUGAUUUGUUUGAGGAUGCGCACAGUACGCUUAGCAGCCACAGCAGUUGUGCCAGUAAUAGUCAAGCGUUACGAUUGACAUGGCCGCCGCCUACAGGAACGCCCGCAGCUCUUCUCUCGCCCUCCACUUCGACGGAAGCGUCUUGCUCUUCAUCGGUAUCGUCCUCAUCGCUAUCUGCCUCUUCAUGCGCCUCAUCUUCAGCCUCAACGCCGACUUCACCAUCCGUUUCUUCAUCUGCAGCACAAUCGCCCUUCCUAUGCUGCACACCCACCGCCAUGCCAAAACGUCAUUCGCCUGCCAAACUGCGGCUCAACCUGCGUUCUACCUUCGCGCCGAUACGACAGUCACAGUCGUGCAUGUCGAUACGCGAAGUGGCUGACGAGGCCUUAGCCCCGACUGCCAGCGAGGCAACAGACACGGCGUUGGCGAUAGGAGCCGUCGCAACUGCAGCCGCUAGCAGCGCGAGCAACAUGCCCUUGCCCGUGGCGAUGGACCAUGAGAACAAUGUUGUAUUGGCAAUGUCGACCAGUGAAUGAAAGCACUAAUACGUAAUACGGUUACAACAAUAAGGAUUCACUAGUAGUAAAAAUAAAAAAUAAAACAAAUAAAAAUAGCAAAUGAAAAUAACUAAAAAAAUUAACAUCAAAAACAAAAGCAACGCAAGCACUUUGAGAAAUGCUGUGAAUAUUUUUUAAGUGUACAAUAUAGCGAGCGUACCUACCUAACGAUAGCAUACAUACUUGUAUAUACAUAUGUACACAGUUGUGCGUAUAUAUAUUUUGUGUAUAUUACAUACAUACAUAGUAAGUACACUAGCAUACCGAUCGAACGAAUAAGCGAUCGAAAUAACACCACGCCUACCAUUAUUACGUAGGUACUGCGAGUACAUGUGAAUUUCUGUAAAAGAUCAGGAAAAUUACUGACGAGUAUAUCAAUUAACAGCUCUUAAAUGAAUAUAAAGCGGGAUAAUUAGAACAAAGAACAAACAAGUAAACAUGCAAGUCAUGUACCUAGAUAAAGGCAUACAUAUUGAUACAAAAAGAAUGCAUAUUAUAAAUUCAAAACUGAAAAAUUGUGAAAAUAUUUACUUUUUGUAAUAAUGUACCUUUUUACCUUUUGAGAAAAACUAACAAAAAGGAGCGCAUACAAAUGGCGUUCAUGAGAAAUUGCAACUAUGCAUUUGCCUAAGCUUAAGGCUAAUUUUCGAGUAUGAAAAAAGUUUACUUCGAAAAGUUUUAACUAUGAAAUGUUAUUUAUUUAUUUUCAAAUCAUUUAAAUUAGUAAAACGCUUACUUGUAGACAUUAUUGUCAAGGAGCUGUUUAUAUAUAAUUUUCAGCUUAAGAAACAUUCAGUAGAAGAAAAAUUCGCUUUCGAAAGUCAUUAAUAAAAUGUAUUUUAUAUAAAUGUAGAAGAAGCUUUUGUGAAAUAUUUUAAUUCUCAUUUUUUUUGCAAAUCCAAAAAUUUUCAGCAUAGCUUGCUUUUAUACGGGAAAUGAUAUUAACGACCGACCGACCGAAAACCAUUAAGUGGGGCAACAUAGUGCAUGCACUCAUGUCCACUUUAUGAAAUUCGCUUAUCUAUGGACUUUUGGCUUUUUCAUAGACUUCCACUUUUGUAAAGAUGAAUUCCUGCUACAUCUGUGAAUGAAUAAUAGAGUAAAUAUUAUUUUUAUUAUAUGAAAUACCAAUUAUAGUAUAAAUAUUACUGUAAAGCCCAGCAACUAAUUUAAUGAUUGACAAAUAGAAAGUGCGAAGUCGAUUAAAAUUUCGUCAAAAGUCCAGAUAUGUACGUACAUAUAUGCAAUACUGUAAUAAUGUAGUUCACUGGCUGAAAUUACAUUUUUUUAAAUUUUUUAAUUUUUUCGUUAAUUUUUAAUUUUUUUUUUGUUACUUUUUAAUCCUUAUUUUCGAUAAUUUUUACUUUUCCUCAUGCCCUUCUAAGUCACCAGGUUCACAUACUUAACCAAGUUGUAGCACUCCGUACGCUACAACAUUGUGGAAAAUUUCGAGCAUAAAUUUAAUGAAAAAGAAAAUCAUGCAUAUACAUAAUUAAUUUUUAUGAAAGGAAAAAAUUUAGUUCUUAUAAGCAAUAAAAAUAAUGUUUAAAAAACCAUUUUAUGCAAAUAUACACACAUUCAUAUGUUUGUCCUCCCGAAAAAAAAAAUUAAAACAACUAUCUUUUGCCUAGCAUAAUUUGUAAAAAAAAUAGUAAAAAAAACAUGUACAAAAAACAAACUGUAUACAUCUAAACAUAUUAGCAAGCGAAUAUUUAUUUUAAUGCCAAACUCUUUCUAUAAAACUGUUUUAAGUUUUUCCUUUACGCACACACCUACAAUAAGCGAGAAGUUUUCAAAGUAUACAGUAUGUAAACUUAAUUGAAAUCAAAAGCCUAAAUCAGCCGAUAAAAAAUUAACCAAGCAUCACAACACAUUGGCUUUUCCAUAUAUUUCGUAUAUUAGUAUUUUGAAAAACAAAAAAAAAAAUGAAAUAUAUAUUUUUUAAUCAUAACAUUUUCUAUUCUCGUCACUACCAGAGUUUAAUUUAAUUUAAUUUAAUUACCUUACUAAGUACAUAUAUAUGUAUAUCAUAAGUUAAAUUAAAUUUUAAUUCAAGUCCAAAUGUAUAUACUUAUGUAUAAUAUAUCAAUUAUUUAUACACAUUAUAAGAUCAUAUUAAAACAGAGAAAAAACAUAAAGAAUAUCCUUUAAUUUUUCUUCGUUUCUGCUUGGCUCAAAAGCAAUGUUGGGACUUAAUGGUCUUUAUGUACCACUUAAUUAUGAAGAAUCAUACAUAAACACACACCUGCAUAUACAAUUCAUACAUACAUACAUUAAAUGAAUGUUAAAUGUAAUAAUACUGUUCUUGCACAUACCUGCAUACAUACAAACCUAUUUUGGUAAGCUACAAAGCCACAAUAAGUUUGCUGUGGAGUGUAAACAUAACAAGAAAAAUAUAUGUAAAAAAUAAUACUUUUAAAAAGAAAGCGAAUGUGUAUUUUAUUCCAUGUACCAUAAAAUGAAAGGUGAUUUUAUUUAUACAUUUUUCAAUUUUUAUUUAUCUAAACUGAAAUGAAAACUCGCAUGUCGUUUUUUCAACAUUCUGGUCUUGAAAAUGUUGGUGAUUUCCGAGUAUAUUUACGUUGAAUCCGCUGGGAAUGGGAAAAAUAUCAUAACCCUUUACUUUAAAAACUUAUUUCACGGUGUAAAUAGCUUUAUUUAAUUAUCGAUAAGUCAUUAAAGAUAUCGAUAAAAUAAAAUAAAUAAAUAGAUAUCUCGUAAAGUAUUAAUCAAGCAGUUUAAAGCCUAUGCUCGUUCUCAAGGUAAUAUCAUAUUUCACACUAAAAAAAAUUCGUUUGCUGCUUUUUGAUUGUUUCAUUCAGCUAUGAGUUAAAGGGUGUUAACAAUGGAAGUCAACAAAGAGAAAAUUCGGUACAUUUCACAGUUUUCCUUCGAUAAAGGCGAAAAUGCAAGCCAAGUCGCUGAAAUUCUGAGUGAUGUGUAUGGCGCCGUUAAAGUAACAACUAAUUACGGACAAUUUUGGUUUCCCCGAUGCCGUUCAGGCAUUCGAUAAUGUCGAAAAUGUCGUUAAAAUCAGAAAUAAUCGUAGAUGACCGACAUUUUAGUAGUCGUAGCAUCGCCCAAGAGCUAAAGAUCGACCAUAAACCAGUUUUAAACCAAAAAUAGUGGAUUUGUUUUUUCCCACUAUAAAAACUAAUUGUAAAGUAUAGAAAACAAUUGUAAAGCGGACAAAUUAUUAUCUAUCAAUAAAGAUGAAUAUAUCGACUCCACGAAAUAAUUUUUUUCGUCAAAAAGUACUAACGUUUUAUUCUGUUAUCGUUUUUUUGGAGAAUCAUGGCUGGAGAUAAAGGA